AUGAAUUAUCCUCUUGUUCGGGUAAGAGGUGAACAAAGAGCUUGUUACGGCUCUGACUUGUCUGCAUACAAGCAUACAGACAUGAAGGAGGAGAUGAGAGCAGAGGCAGUUGAAGUGAUUGUAUCUUCUGUGGAGAAAUUUCAAAACAAAUAUGACCUCGCUGCAAAGGUGGUGAAAGAGACGAUGGACAAGAAAUUCGCACCCAACUGGCAUUGUAUAAUUGGACAGGGCUUUGGAUUUGAGGUGAUGUGUGAAAGAAAUUCGCUCUUGUACAUGUUUCUGAAUGGAAACCUGGCUAUCUUGUUGUUUAAAUUUUAA